AACCGUGGGGGAGGUCCAGACGACGUACGUUCAAGCUUUUUUUUUUUUUUUUCCCGUGGACCUUCCCACUUGGAGCCAAAGCGGGCGAUCUGGGGUAGGCUGGGAAUGUGCUUGUUCCGCCGAGAAAGAGAGAAACUUACAAGAAGGGGAGAGGAGCGAAGAAGGAAGUCGACAACUUCUCGCGGAUAUCGUGACUGGGGGACACGGGAAACGGGACCACUCGCCGGAGGACAAAAGAAGAGGCAGUUCGGGGGUGCACAUCUGGAAGACGCAGAGGACGAAGAACCGUCACGGGGCAAACUUUAGUCGUCGCUCACUUAAGCGAAACAAAUACAUCAGAUUGAUCUUUUUGGAGGCCCAAGACUGAGAGGAAGGACAUCAUGCCGAGGAGGACUGUACAAGAAGUGACCGUUCAAGAUGUCCAAAAACGGAGAAACCCCAGCAAACACUACGUUUACAUCAUCAAAGUGUCCUGGACUGAUGGCAGCACGGAACUCAUUUACAGACGCUACAGCAAAUUUUUUGACUUGCAGAUGGAACUGCUGGAUAAAUUCCCAGUCGAAGGAGGUCAGAAAGACCCCAAGCGCAGGAUCAUCCCAUUCCUACCUGGGAAGAUCCUGUUUCGUAGGAGCCAUAUCAGAGAUGUGGCCAUGAAAAGGCUGAGGCCUAUCAAUGAGUACUGCAGGGCCCUCAUCCAGCUGCCUGUCUACAUCUCACAGUGUGAGGAGGUCAGAUUAUUUUUUGAGACCAGACCAGAAGACCUCAAUCCACCCAAGGAGGAACCAGCAGGAAAGAAGAAAGCUGGGUUUGCAGAGAGAGCGGCUACUUUCCUAAAGCGAGGAGACGGCACGUCAGCUGACCCGCUUGUUUUGGACCAGUAUGUGGCAGUAACGGACUACGAGAACCAGGAGAGUUCUGAGAUCAGUCUCCGUGUAGGUCAAGUGGUGGAGGUCAUUGAGAAAAAUGAGUCCGGCUGGUGGUUUGUGAGUUCAGAAGACGCACAGGGCUGGGUCCCUGCCACCUGCCUCGAGGCCCAGGAUGACCCCGACGACUUCACUCUUCCAGGAGAAGAAGAGGAGAAGUAUUCCGUAGUUUAUCCCUACUCAGCCCGGGACCAAGAUGAGAUAGACCUAGAGAGAGGAAUGAUUGUGGAGGUCAUUCAGAAGAACUUGGAGGGCUGGUGGAAGAUCAGACACCAGGGACGCGAGGGCUGGGCCCCGGCUUCUUACCUGAAGAAGGCAGACAUUCAGAGCCAGAAGCAAGCGGCGGGCGGCGCCGCGCACGCCAGCACCAACGACCUGGAUGGAUCCUCCAAACAGAGCCAGUUGACCCGAAACGGCAGCCAGAAAGAAAAUAGACUCUCUUUAUUUUCUGACAACAAGAAAUUUGGACUAAGACAAAGACCUCCUCCACGCAGAGAUCUUUCCAUACCACGUGGUACAAACCUUCCCAAGCCGCCUGGCCCUCCACAGGUCGAGGAAGAGUUCUACACAAUAGCCGACUUCCAGACCACAAUCCCUGAUGGGAUUAGCUUCCAGGCUGGAGUCAAAGUGGAGGUGAUUGAAAAGAAUGGUAGCGGCUGGUGGUACAUUCAGAUAGAUGAGCAAGAAGGUUGGGCCCCGGCUACAUUUAUUGAUAAAUACAAGAAGACAAGUAAUGCCGUGCGGCCCAACUUCCUGGCGCCUCUGCCCAAUGAGAUGGAGAGGCUGCAACUAGAGGACAGCAGUUCUUCAAAUGUCCCGGGUGCAGAUAAUAGCUGGUCUAAGCCUUUACCGGAUGAGCCCACCGGAGCCCCUGAAUCCUGUACCCGAGUCAAGCUGAGAGACUGGAAGUCUGGCGCUACCAAGUCUUCGGCCUUCUCUGGACCUCUGCCUCCAGCUCCUGUGGCGCCGCCUGAUGACAAACCAGCUCUACCACCGCGAAGGGAGUCCAUUAAUAAGGGCUUUGACGUUGACGUGGGAGAGAAACUGGUCAGAUCCGAUCAUUCCAAGCCUUUGCCCCCUAAACCACCAGCUCCUGGGGUCAUCAUGCCCCUGGGCCUGCCUAAGGCAGCACCUUUCAAACCAGACAAAGCACCAGAACCAAAGAAAGAUGACAAGAGCAAAGCGCUUCACCUUCGUAAUGAGAUGGGUCUGGAAUGUGGUCACAAGGUCUCUGCCAAAGAAGUUAAGAAGUUUAACUUGAAGCCAGUACCCAAGCAGCCACCGAGACCAAAGUCCGAAGUCCCAGAAGAGAAAGAGGCGGCUUCUCCACCCGUAUUUAUAAAGCCAAAGCCGGUGAUUAGACCUAAACCCAUUCCAGCCACGAAGCCGGAUUCACCAGCAGAGAACAAAGUCGACAUCACCAACCUGAGAAGUAAGCUGAGACCUUCAAAACCCACAGAUUCCGGCUCUUCUUCAGGGGAGGUCAACCAUCAGAACGACACCGUGGCGGUCCACCCUAGCGCACCACCCUUACAUAGCUCAUCUCUGAAUAAUGGCAAAAACAGCGAUGAAGCAAAAUUCCCCCCUAAACACGUGAACGGUCACAGUCAAGAGAGCUCUCCGCCCCCUGCUAAACCAGCAAUGCCUCCCCACAAGGAAGCACCGCUCAGACCCCCGGCCUUGGCUCCGAGAAGACCUCCUCCUCCGAAGAAGAACACCCCAUCCAGCCCAACAGAGAGCAAACCACCAAGCGCUUUAAAGGACUCUCAAGAACCCCCUAAGAGUGGACCUGGUCAGCUCAACAGACCCCCACCGCCUAAACCAAAGGUCUUUUCUCCCCCUAUCCCAAGCAAAGAAAAAGAAGAACCCAAGGGUAAUAAAAUCCAAAUUCCCCCCAAACUCCAGGUGAAGAGUGACAAGCCCGGGCCCCCCAGAGACAAGCUCCCACCUUUGCUCAAGGAAUCCACCAAGGAUGAGCUGUACUUGGCCGUGGCCGACUUUGACGGCGAUGACCCGACAUCCAGCUUCAAGGUGGGGACGCUCUUUGAGGUGCUGGAGAAGAACAGCAGUGGCUGGUGGUUCUGCAAGAACAUAGGGGCAGAUGUGGAGGGCUGGAUCCCUUCAAAUUACUUGAGCAAGAAACCUUGAAGCACUCAUACACAAACAGAUACAAAAAAAAAAACACUUUUGUAGCUAGAAAUCAUUUUUAAUUUAUAGGUACGUUUUUUUUUUUUUUUUUUUUUUACUUAACACAUUUUUUGCGGGGUCACUUCUUUUGACUAUGACAUUAAAACUUUGUUCCUUUUGUCAAAUACUGGUUCUCCCUUGCAUUAGCAUUAGUGUGCUAGUGUACCCUUGCAAUUUGCAGGGAGGUCCCCCGAAUUUCUCUCAACAAACCAGAGUCAAAGUAUCCUAAUAAUGCGAUAAAAACAUUAAGAAAACAAAACAAAACAAAAGAGACAGUAUUAUACUCACCCUACAGACUUCUUUUCUUAGUUGAACGUAGCUUGAGCUGAUCAACCAACCAGAGGACAAAACAUUGCUCACGGCUCACCAUUUUGAUGAACCCCAAUUACAGUCAGAAAUUUUCCAAAUCAGAAUCAUGAUUACAGGAUUCAAGAGCAGACUCCGUAUGGUGGUGCAAACAGGGGAGAAAUUACACUAAAAGUUCCAGGAUUUUUUUUGUAGUAAACGGUUUGUUUUAUUGAGGUUCAACGGGCUUUAAGUGUUGAAAGCAAUCACUAUGAGAGUUCACCUUGCCAACUGGAAGUGCUUUUGUUCAUGAUGGUCACACGUGUUGUUUUUUUUCCUUUGCUUUUGCAAAGUUUCCUUUUACUGAUAUUCAACUUUGCCUUGAUGUGUAACAUCACCCCUUUUUACAUGAGGUCAGGUCAAGAUUUGCACAUGUUCAGAGGUAAAAGUGGAUAAUUUUACGCCACGUACCAAUUUUCAUAUAAAGCUAAACUCGACACACCCUGACCAGUUGCCAGGUACAUUAAGUUAAAUAAAUACAACACUGCAUCUUUUUAUUUCUCAAUACUAUCUUUUUUUUUUUUUUUUUUAAAUGAGAACUCAUAACCUCUGUAAAGCCGAUCUUUAGUAGUAUUGCUUGUAAAGUGGAUUUAUUCCACGUAGGACAAGCACAAUAUCCUCCUUCAAAGAAUAAUAAAGCAACAUUUAUCCUUUAAUGAAUAAAAGUGUUACACAAUAACUACAUAUUUAUUAUAAGAAUUUUAGAUAAAUGUGGUAAUUAUUUAUGAAAAAUAUUACAUUCAAAAAAUCUGUAAAAAAGGCUGUAAAUACGGGAUGGUAGGGCAUUGGUUAGCACACGGGUAGAUUAAUUAAAGACUCGAAACUGCCCAUACACACGAAUGUGAGCGCAAAUCGUUGUUUCUAUGCGCCCUGCGAUUGGCUGGCAACCAAUUCAAGGUGUAAAACCUAUUCUCGGCCACAAACAGCUGGUAAAGGCUCCAGUACACCCACAACCCUAGUGAAGAUAAGCGGAACAGAAGAUAAUGAAAAUAUACAUAAACAAAAUUAACAGCUACGUGAAGAAAUGGGGUGAACAGAAAUUUUGAUAUAUUUUAACUGAAAAAGUAGGGUUCUAAAAAAAAAAAAAAAAAACCUCUGACCAAGUGAUCAGUGCAAUUAAGUUACAGUAUUGUCAAUGUGCUACACUUUGGUGUUCGAUAACAGCAAUUUAAUUUUUAAAAAAAAUAUAUAUUAAAAAAAGUGACCAAUGUACAGUACAUGUUUAAAGUAAAUGCUUGACUGGUCUCAAGCGUGGAACAGUAUGUCAAAUAUUUUUUAUUGUAAAGACUAUCUUAAAUGUCACCACUUUUCAUAUUAACUAUCGUUUGACGUUAUUACUGAAGGAACUCGAAAGAGGGGGAAAUAAAGGAAGUGAGAAUAAUGAGGAUUUGAUUGCUAGUGGGUGAUAAAUCUGGUUUGGAUCGAAUGCAUUCAUGGCUUUCAUCUCAAAGUGGGAAAAAUAAGUUCACAUAUCUAGACAAUCAGACAAGACUUGAACUGGGUCUCUUUGUUCAUUUGACACACAACUGACAGUCAAAAGGCAACGAAACGAACAUGGGGUAAGUUAGGUCCAGUACAUGAAAGAGAAAUGUUUGAGUUGAUGGUCAUCAUGGCAUGAUUGUCACUUUUUGUCAUUACUAUUGUUAUUACAUUGAAUCUUAAGUCAAUAAACAUUUCUGAUGUUUUCCCAUUCUAGUGGUUUUAUUUAGUGAUUCCGCCCAUGCUUUGUCAUUCUGGAAGGGGGGGAAAAAAACUGCUUAAAGUGUUGCAAUUUGUUCAACUAGAAAAAAAAAAUGUAUACCUGUCGCUGAACAACACUGGCCAUUUUCAUUGAUUCACAUGAUUGGCAACUGUAAGGAAAAUUUAUAUCAACCUGGACCUGUAUAAGAAAUUUAAUCUUAGUAAUUUACAAGCUUUCAUGCAGCACCACCUUCAGGCGAAAUGCUUCAAAAAUAUUUUGAGUUGUGGGUGAGACGUUUUGACAAACACAGCAUCUUGUAAUAUAGUUUUAUUUGGAUUAAGUAAGAAACCUUUUCAAACUUUGACUGCCAAGGUUUGUAGAAUAGCAUCAGCAUGUGGUGAAAUUGUGCAAAAAAAUCUGACUUUAAGAGGUUCUGCUUAUAUUUUCCAGCCAUAAACAAAGAAUAGAAAAACACAGUUUUGCAUCAGCUUCCUCUGCAGCCGUUCAUCAGCACAUUGACAAGAUAGUAUUUUUCUUGAUAAAAUAAGGAGAAAAUCCCUGUGAAAGACUUUGGACUCAUGAAUUGACUUUCUUGCCGAUUCAGACUUUUUAACUUGUAAAACCAGCACGAC